AUGUAUAAAAUAGAUGUAUCAAUAUUAUGUAUUAUAGUAGUUCAAAGUGUAUUAUUAGUAUUAUUAGUAGGAGCAGGAGAUAUUACGAUAUCGGGGAUAAGUAGUGGUGGUUACAUGGCAGUUCAAUUUCAUGUAGCAUUCUCUUCAAUAGUUUCUGGUGUUGGUGUUAUAGCUGGUGGUCCUUAUUAUUGUGCAAAGGGUAAUGUAGUAGAUGCAACAACAGAAUGCAUGUCAACUCCAAGUUUAAUAUCAAUUGAUGAAUUGAUUGCAGCAACAAGUUAUGCAGAGGAUACAUAUACAAUUGAUCCAACAUCGAAUAUGGCAAACUCUAAAGUUUGGUUGUUUUCUGGUACCAAGGAUACAGUAGUACAACAAGGAGUCGUUAAAAAACUAGAGGAAUAUUAUACCAAUUAUAUAGAUAGUAGUAGAAUCAAUACUACCUAUGAUAUUCCAGCUGAACAUUCAUUUGUAACUGAUAAUUUUGGAAACGCUUGUGAUUACUUGGGACCUGAUUACAUGAAUAAUUGUGGUUUCAAUAGUGCCUAUAAUAUCCUAUCAUAUUUAAUUGGUCCUUUAAAUACUCCUUCUUCACAAUCUCCAAUUGAUAAUAUAUUACAAAUUGAUCAAGCAUCAUUUAUACCAAUAAUGACACCAUUGGAAGCAGGAUUAUAUGAAUAUGCUUAUGCAUACAUUCCAUCCAAUUGUCAAUACGAAAAAAAUAAAGGAGUUUGCUCAGUACAUGUAGCAUAUCAUGGAUGUGUUCAAACUAUACCAGAUAUUAAUAGUACAUUCUAUAUGAAUGCUGGAUACAAUGAAAUAGCAGACAGCAAUAAUCUGAUUGUACUCUAUCCACAAGCACAAGCCAAUGAAUUGAAUCCAAAGGGGUGCUUUGAUUGGUGGGGAUACUCUGGUGAAGACUAUGCAUCACAACUUGGUGUUCAAAUGGUCACUGUCAAAAAAAUGGUAGACUAUCUCAUCUCUGAAUAUAUUUCAUCAACCAACUAG